AUGAAUCUAGGAGAGAAAACAGCUUUUCAAGAAUAUCUGACAAACCAGGGGACUGUGGUAAAGCCCUAUUGCUGGCAGAGACAGAACCACCUCUGUGCUAAAUGUCCCUACCACAUACGGACUGGCGAAGAAGCGAGAGUCUGCUACGCAGAAUUUCACAGGGUCUUUGGCAUCCCAUACAGAUCAACAGCAACUCUCCGAAACAAACACCUUCUCUUCUAUGAACUGAGGAGUUUCUCAGGCAGAGUAGUCCAAAAAGGCCAUGCUACAAACUGUACUGAGCAAGACAACCAUCCAGAAUCUAUGCUGUUUGAGGCGGGCGGUUACCUGGAUGCCGUUACAGACGCCUAUGAAAAUAUCAGAUGCAUCAUCCUCUAUUCAAAUUACUCUCCUUGUAAUGAGGCUCAGCACCGCUGCGUAAGUAAAAUCUACAACGCCGCGUGGAACCGCGAAGCUUUGCGGAGCCUCUCCAGCCUGUGGCCUCAGGUGACUCUGCAGGGACUGCCUAGGGGGGCACAGCAGUACCUCCUUCGUAAUUUUGUGUAUGGCAUCCCAGAGACAGCCCUUUAUCAUCCAACUCUGCUGUCGAGAACCUCAGACCAACGAAAUCUACACCAAAUUAACAACUUCACAGGAAUGAAACCGUAUUUUAAGAAAGCCUUUCCGCAAGUGAUGCUGGGAAAGCCUUUCCAAGCCAUGAAAGGCAGUCUGCUACCUCCCGUACCUGAGAGGCACUUAGUGCCUUUCCCAGACAUGUUGCUGCCCUUCCAGAGGGAACAUCUAUACCCCAGACCUAAAAAUAUCGUAAGGCAUUUAAAAAUGCCAAAG